GUGUUUGUUAUGUUGUAGAUUCAUACAGUAUAGGCGACAUUUAUAAACCCUCGGUUACAUUAUUAUUAAUAUUUGGUCGAUUAUAAUGUACUAUGUUUUCUCUACCUUCCACUCUUUCGCGCUGUCGCUCACACUGAUUUUUGCUCAGGCAUCUUUAUGGACAGCUGCUCGGAUGUAAACAAGGGUCCUUUGAAAUUUGCCGCAUGUUUUGGACGUCCUUGCUUCUUCCUGGCCGGGAAAAGAAGUCCUUCUGGUAGCCUAGAAAACACUCCUGCCUCCCUUGAAGGAGGUGAGGGGAGCAGUGGGCAGCAGCGGUGCCGCGCCCGGGAAUCAUUUUUGGUGAUUUAACCCCCAAUUCCAACCCUUGAUGCUGAGUGCCAAGCAGGGAGUGGUAAUUAAAUAAAGGGAUGUCCAGACCUGCUCCAUCCCCAAUCUACACCCUGAGGGGUGCAGGGGGGCCCAUCAACACCCUUCACUUCAGUUGCCAUGGAGAGGACACUCCUCUCCUCUUCUCUGGAUCAGGGAAAGGUGCCAUCCAUAUGUGGAAUCUCAGCAACAGGAGGGCAGAGAAAAUUGUAGACGGUCAUUCUGGGAGUUCUGUCAUCUGGGUCAACACACUAUCCUCCGCGGACACACUCAUUAGUCAGGGAAGAGACAUGAGGGUCUGUCUUUGGGACCUGGGCCGAGGUCGCGGUGAGAUUGUGGACUCUCUGAGUACAGGCAGCGUUGGAUUCUGUCAGUGCUCCUUGCUCGAGACAGGACCGAGGACUUGCCUGCUUGCCUUUGCAGGACAACAAACUGAGGAGAUCAAUAUUGUUGAGCUGCCCAGUAAGGCUCCAGUGUGCACCUUGGUACCCGAUGCCAAGUUGGGGAUGGUCAUGUGUGUCAAGAUGUGGCAGCCACACUCUGGUACCGGACCUGUCUUGCUGGCCGGGUACGAGGAUGGAUCUCUGCUGUUGUGGGACAUAACCCAGAAGUCCAAGUUGAGUCAAACCAAAGCUCACAACGAGCCUCUCAUGUGCCUGACCUUCGACCCCGAAGCACUGAGAGGCGUAUCGGGGUCUUCGGAGAACCGGCUCUCCUCGUGGAUCCUGGACGGGCAGAACAGCUUGCAGAUCCAAGACCGUGUGACUCUUACGAACCCCGGCGUUUCCCAGCUGUGUGUCAGAGGAGACGGUAAACUGUUGGCAUCGGCGGGCUGGGACCAUCGGGUGCGGCUAUUUGGCUGGAAAAAGCUGCGACCUCUGGCAGUGCUGCAGUACCACAGCGACAUGGUGCUCAGCGUCGCCUUCUCCCACCACAAGGAUCCCAGGCGAAGGCUUCUCGCUGCCGGGUCUAAAGACCAAAGGAUCAGCCUGUGGUCAAUAUACAAUGAAGGACCGUCUUUAUCCUAGAACACGUUUUUCUACUCUUAACAAUCUUCUGGAAAAUGUCGUGCUAUCCCAGGUGUGCUGGUGUGACAAAGUUCCUUGAAUCCCUGAAGAUGAACUUUUAGAACACGGGUGUCAAACUCAAGGCCUGCGGGCUAAAUCUGGACCGCUACAUCAUUUUUGUGUGGCCCACGAAUGCCUGGAAAAAAGGUAUGUCAAUAAAAUACUUAAUUUUUACAUGUAUUUUUUUAUUUUUUUUUAUUUUUUGUGGCCGUCCCAGCAACUUGAGGGUCCCAAGUUCGAUUCCCGCUUCCGCCAUCCUAGUCACUGCCGUUGUGUCCUUGGGCAAGACACUUUACCCACCUGCUCCCAGUGCCACCCGCACUGGUUUAAAUGUAACUUAGAUAUUGGGUUUCACUAUGUAAAAGCGCUUUGAGUCACUAGAGAAAAGCGCUAUAUAAAAUAUAAUUCACUUCAUCUGGAAAAC